AUCCCGUUAGUCACAAUGGUUUAUGAAUUUGAUGACUCCCAAAGAGCUGUUGGAGGUCAAAUAGCUGAACUCCCAGAAAUCAAACUAUUCGGAAGAUGGAAUUGCGAGGAUGUGCGAGUGAAUGACAUUUCUCUGCAGGAUUAUAUUGCAGUUAAGGAAAAAAAUGCCAAGUAUCUUCCCCAUUCCGCUGGUAGAUACGCUGCUAAACGAUCCAGAAAGGCCCAGGGUCCUAUUGUUGAGAGAUUGACAAACUCCCUCAUGAUGCAUGGUAGAAAUAAUGGAAAAAAAUUAAUGGCUGUUAGGAUAGUCAAACACUCUUUUGAGAUUAUCCAUUUGUUAACCGGUGAAAACCCACUCCAGGUUUUGGUAUCUGCCAUCAUACACUCCGGUCCUAGAGAAGACUCUACUCGUAUUGGUAGAGCAGGUACCGUUAGGAGACAAGCUGUAGAUGUGUCUCCCUUGAGAAGAGUUAACCAAGCUUUGUGGUUACUCUGUACUGGUGCCAGAGAAGCAGCGUUCAGAAAUAUCAAAACUAUCGCUGAGUGCUUGGCUGAUGAACUCAUCAACGCAGCAAAGGGAUCAUCAAAUUCUUAUGCUAUCAAGAAGAAGGAUGAGUUGGAGAGAGUAGCCAAAUCCAACCGUUAAAUUUUUUUGUUCAUG